GAAUUUACACAUUAUGUUAACAACAAACACUUGCUAAACUAUUAUUAAUGUCGCGGGGUUAAAAUUUCAAAAGUACUAGCAACAUUAUCACGUUCGGAGAAGAGCGUUAAAAUCUCAACCAACCAACGACCGUACCGCGUCGGCGGUCGGGUUACGCGUAUUCAUUCACGCACACUGUUGCGUGUUGGUUUGUGCCUUGUAGAGUGUUUGGUCUGCUCACGGGUUGUUACUUUUAUAUUGUUUUUUUUUAUUUCGUCCUCCGACCGCUCGUACGCUUACCUGUUUCUGUUAUUAUUUUGUGAACUUUAGUGGCUAUUCUCUACUAGUUUUUGAACUUCGGAACAAGUUUUUAGUUAUAAAUCGCGGUGUGAAAAGUGACCCAAGUUAAGGAGUUGAGACCAAUAAUUGUCCAAUUUGCCUAAUAAUUUGUGCCGAAUACUGUGAUUGGAACAUAAAUGUGAUGAAUUAAACAAUAUGCUAAAUUUGUAAAGGAGAAUGGGCGGUGAAUUGCGAAUUACAAGUUGAAUUUCGACCCACAUAACGUUUAUGUGUGAUCACAAUGUGGGAAUUAAGACUCAUCGCUCUUACCCUAUUCGUGCUGACCAGGGGAGAGCUGCCAGAAGACGACUUCAGGAUAAUAAAUAAACAGGACUUGCUGGCGGCGGACAGCGAUAUUUUCGAAGAUAAAGAUGCGAGAGCGUUUUCGCAACUGCUAUUCGAUGUUGCAAGGGACCAAGUCAUUGUGGGUGCAAGAGACACUAUGUACCGUCUUUCACUUCGUGGUCUGCGUCAAUUAGAGCGGGCAGACUGGCCCGCACCAGCAGACAAAGUCGUACUCUGCCAGGACAAAGGCCAGACGGAAGAGGAUUGCCAUAACCACAUUAAGGUCCUGCUCUCGUACGGGCAUAAACUGUUCGCUUGUGGGACUAACGCGUUUAGUCCUGUAUGCAGUUGGCGUGAGAUUGAAUCGCUAAAUCUGAUAUCUGAAUGGGUGUCAGGCGUUCCAAAUUGCCCUCACAACCCACACUCGAACGCGACAGCUAUCAUAUCAUCCACCGGCGAGUACUAUGUUGGAACACCUACUGACUUCACUGGUUCUGACACAGCCAUAUGUCGGACUCACGGUGCCUCUCGCAACACAGGGAUGCUGCGUACGACCCAGUAUGAUCCAAACUCCUUGAAUGAACCACAAUUUGUAGGUAGUUUCGAAGAUGACCACUUCGUCUACUUCGUAUUCAGAGAAGUGGCUGUUGAACAUUUGAAUUGUGGAAAGAUUUUAUACUCCCGGGUAGCCAGAGUGUGCAAAAACGACUUAGGCGGCCAUCUAGUGAUGAAAGACAACUGGAGUACGUUCAUAAAGGCUCGCUUAAAAUGUUCUGUGCCCGGUGACGUGUCGUUCAACUACGACGAAGUACAAAGCAUGGAAUAUCUGCCUCAGGAGAAAUUACUUGUAGCUGUAUUUAGUACUCCGACAAACAGCAUAGCUGGCAGCGCUGUGUGCAUAUACAAUAUGUCAGACAUACAUGCAGCAUUCGAAGGGCCAUACAAAGUGCAAGACUCGCCCACUUCAACGUGGGAACCAAAGUCUCCUUCCAAAGAAGUUAGGGAACAUUUCCGAUGUGCUAAUGAUACGAGAAUCGUAUUAGAAUACCAUCGGUAUCACUUAAUGUACGACGCAAUACAACCAAUCUCUGGAGGACCAGUCUACAAAGCCACUCUAGAACGGUUCACUCACGUUACAGUCGAUGUUGCCAACACUAAAAAUGUUGGAAAGCAGCUGGUCGUGUUUGUGGCAACACAGAAAAGUAGUAUUGUAAAGUUGGCAAUACUGCCGCGAUAUGAGGGCGCAUGCGUGGUCGAAAUUUGGAAGUUGAAGGAUGGCAAUGGUGGAUACGAUAUCCAGACUAUGCAGUUUGUUAAGGAUUCUAUGUCGAUCUACAUAGGUAGCGACACGGGUGUUCUUCGCCUGGGAAGCGAGCGAUGUUCCAGAUACAAGACCAGGUCAAGUUGUGUGGGUGCCACAGACCCACAUUGCGGGUGGGACGAUGCGAGGGAAAUCUGUAUUCGGGCUCCACCUCAUUUACACCACACUUACUUUAUACAGAACACAGCUACUUGUCCCACUGUCAACACACCCGUUGACGGCGGUUGGUCAUCUUGGUCGGACUGGGAGCCUUGUAUGCAAGACGGAACGCCUAGAAACACAUACGAUGAUAAACCCGACAUGUGUAUGUGUCGGACCAGGCGAUGUGACAACCCUAGACCAGCGAAUGGGGGGCAGAAGUGUGCAGGUGCAAGUAUAGCAGUAGCAAACUGUACGGUUCAUGGUGGUUGGUCAGCCUGGUCUCCGUGGUCGGAGUGUUCAAACACCUGCGGCAUCGCAGUCAAAUCCCGGCGACGAACCUGUACAUCCCCUGAACCAAAAUUUGGUGGACGAGUCUGCGUUGGUCUGGAUGUUAGCGAUAUGUACUGCGCUAAUUUGCCUCCAUGUCCUGACCCCAAUUUGGCCCCAGUCGAUGGAGGCUGGUCAUCAUGGAGUGCCUGGUCUCCAUGCUCAGGAGUUGGAUGUGGAAUCAACGCAGGCGCAAAAGAAAGACGCAGGAAUUGUAGUAACCCCACACCCAAACAUGGCGGUUCGGACUGCGAAGGACCAAAAUAUGAAAGGCUACCUUGUGAUUUACGACCUUGUGAGGUUCGGAAGGCAACUGCCUGGACACCGUGGGUGCAAAUGCUAGGUAAUGCGUCUGAUGGCAGUUACACUGAAAAGAGAUUCAAAUUCCUAUGUAAGGCACCUACACCGGAACAAAUAAGGUUGUCUCUAGCCCGUGAAGAAGAGAGGUAUUGCAAUGCUCAAGGGGCAUGUAGCAGUACACCCCCAGAAGAAGAUGGAUGGGAAGGUUGGGGUCCGUGGGAAGCCUGUUCUGCCCCGUGUGGAGGGGGCCAACAAGCCCGUUCUAGGAGAUGUCGACGACCCCCAUGCAGUGGACCCGAUGACAUGCUAAGAGCUUGUAACACUCACGCAUGUAAUGGUGAAUGGUCUUGCUGGAGUGAGUGGAGUGAGUGCAAUGGCAAUUGUGAAAGUGGUGCAACGGGGCAUCGUACGCGCACUCGAAUGUGUCUCUCGCCGGAGGGCUGCGCAGACGCCGGUGCCGCCCUCGAGAGGCGAAUCUGUGUUAAUACAUGCGCAGAAUCUGAAACUGGCUGGGGAUCAUGGGGCCAAUGGGGUGAAUGCGAGGGAGGAGAAAGAGUGAGACGGCGAAGUUGUGAGAGUGGCGCCUGCGUCGGUCCACAGUUACAGGUGGCGCGGUGUGAUGAUAACAAUAUGGAUAACGAAUUAAACGCGUUGCCAGCGUACAGUCAAGGAGUGGAGAUGGCAUCUUUUGUGACUAUGAGCAACGAAUCGCUCAGCCUUGGUGGGAUAAUCGGAUGCGUUGUUGCUUCUUUUGUUAUUGGCUGUCUAGUAUGCCUGGGCGUGGUCAUAUUCCUACAGCGUCGUGGUACGUGGAAUAGGUCGUCCCGUGUACCGUCGAGUCCACAUUACAUUACAGCAAAACAGAAUAGCUACGUGACUGUACCUUUGGAUCGGCCUCGCAAACCAAAACGGCAGCCAUCAUUCUCUGGUAUCGGGGGCAACAGUAUGUUAUUAAAAACAACUAACAUAUCAAACGCCAAUAACCACAAUGUGGCUACUACCCCCAAAUUGUACCCUAAGGCCAUCGCAAACGAAUAUGACUCCAUGGGCACACUGCGAAGACAUUCAAACCAGCCCUGUACCAAGAACAACCUGGAUAUUGAAGAAGAUAAAUUCUAUUGACACCUACUAAAAGGACCCUUUACGACUUGCCGUUUGGGUAAGAAAUUAUUUUAGAACGGGCCGCUAAUGCUGUGUUCUUCGUGUAGAACACGAUGUAUGAGUACUAAAAAUCUUAGAUUUUUUUACGAUAUCAGACGGCCAUUUGUCGAUUUGUAUUAAGAUCUGUGGUGAAAUUUUAGAUUAUUUAGGCUGUAAACCUAAAAUGUAUAACUCAUUACAACAUUGAGAAUUUGUCAAUGGCAAUAUAUUAUUAAAUAUUAAUUGGUCUAUUUAAGUCAAUUGUUUGAUAGUUUUUUGUUUUGUAACCUACAUAUUUCUGGAAAAUCUGAAAUACCUUUUUCCUAUUAAGAAAGUUAGAAAUUUAUUCAUUACUCAGCUAUAUUUAUCGAUCUCUAUGCGUUUUAGAUCUCAAAAACAAUCUAAAUCUGUUCAAGUAAUCCAUGUUUUUUUUUUAAUUUUAUAAAUUGAAUUUAAUAGUGUCCUAUCUUUUUGUUAUACAACAAAACACGAACUUUUCCUUCUGAAAUAAGUAAUUUUGCUAAGUUGCAAAGUUAUGUACUGAUGAGAUGGCCCACCUAUCCACAGAAUAGACAAAUAUAGUACAGUGGAUGUUUUAUUUGUAUUAGAACCAGUGUUGCCACUUUAACGCCCCCAUUUGCAUUAACUUGCGACAUACAUUUAUCUAUUCUGUGCGUUUGAAUAUGGAACAUGCUUAUUAAACUAGUAUUAGCUUGUUGCUACAUAUAAAGAAAUUCAGUGCCAUUAUUAUUUUAGAUAUUUUAAGUUAAAUAUAUGGGUACUGUAACAAAGCUGUUUGUGCCAUUUAAGCGACUGUUAUAAUUCCCGGUCCAUUAUGAUUAAGCAUUUAUGUAAAUAAUAUUGUAAAUAAAUUAUGUUAAUGUUAAAUUUAUAAUUUUAUAGUAUGAAAUGAUCAGUUUAUUAAUUUUCUAUUUUCUAUAAAAGGAGGUGCCUUAAUGUAUACGAAUGUUUCCUUGAAUGAAAUACAGAUGGCGCUAAAUGAUAUUAUGCUUUAACAUUGUUAGGCGGUUUUGCGAUUAAAAAGAGAUAAUUAUCGGUGUUUAAGGCGCUGUAGAGUUUAUUUAGAAAUCUAUUUUAUAUUUUUGUAUGAAUUGUUGAAUAUAUUUCGACGUUAUUAUUGGCUCAUAUUGAGCCAUAUAAUUAAGUUACAUAGUUAAUUUUGAUAUGAAAAUUGUCUUUAUUAUGGAAGGAAAUAUAAUUUUGUAUCGCGCCAUCUAUUGGAUGAUAUACAAUGUAUGUUAAAUGUAUAUACAUAGUUUUAUUUGAAUGCUUGUUAUCUAAAUCAAGUGGGUCGUGUAAAUCUAUAUUUUAUAAUUAUAUACGAUAAUGUUGAAUGAGCUUUGAGCUAGACAUGGGAUAUGAAAACGAUAAUAUUAUACAUAAACGUGACGUCAUUAUUUAUAAAACCACAUUUUUAAAUUGAAACCUAUUCUAAUAGAUAUAUUGUAUUGCUGUAUUUCAGUUUGAUCCAUAACGAAAGAGUCGAUUGCUAAUAUUUUCUAUGUAAAAGGUUAUAUUGUUUAGAAAUUGUAAGGAGGCUUUUUAUAUAACUCACCGAUGUUAAGGAAAUUUAGAUUUUUUAAUGUUCAAAAACGUUUUCAUUUCUGAAUUCUGCCAAUUGUUAACGGGCUUAUUACUUAAAAAUAAAGACUGUCG